AUGUCAGACUCUGAGGACUUGGAUCUCUCCCUUGACUCUGUCUUUCCAGAACCGCCUCGGCCUCCUACACCAGAACCAACCACGUCGACGUACACACGAGAUUCGCGAUAUGUCAGGAAUGAUGCAGAUUGGACAGAGAUUAGAAUAAGACUUGUCGGGGAUCAUCCUCUAUGGGGACACUACCUGUGGAACGCCGCGAGAUCAUUCGCAACAUAUCUCGAUUCUCAUCCGGAGAUGUAUAAGGACAAGAAUGUCCUGGAAUUGGGGGCCGGUGGCGCACUACCCAGCCUCGUUACUGCCAAAAAUGGCGCUGGUGCUGUGGUUAUCACGGAUUACCCUGACAAAAGCCUCAUUGAAAACAUCGACUACAACGUCCAGAGUAAUCUGACCAGCGAGGAGCAAAAACAUGUAUCGUCCAAGGGAUACAUUUGGGGCCAGCCAACCUCCGGGCUUCUGGACUGCGAACAACCAAAAUUUGACCUCGUCAUUCUUUCUGACCUUAUUUUCAACCAUUCUCAGCACGAUGCUCUGCUGUCGACAUGCGAAAGCGUCAUUCGGAGUGAUGCUUCGCAGGUGUUGGUAUUCUACAGCCAUCACCGCCCACACCUGGCUCACCGGGACAUGUUAUUUUUUGAGAAGGCGAAGGAGAGGCAAUGGGAAGUAGAGAAAGUGGUUGAGGAAAAGUUUCCCCCGAUGUUCCCUGAAGACCCGGGUGACGAGGACGUGCGAGCUACAGUGCACGGUUGGCGUCUUACCAGAACAGGCGGCAUGAAGACGACCUAA